AUGCGUUAUUUUCGUGAAGAAUUCCCUUCUGGCCCAGCACAAGAAGGCACAAUUGUAUCUUCGUUCUUGGCUGGUUGUUUUGCUGGUGCUCUCGUAUCCGGAUAUUUUGCUGAUCGUAUUGGAAGAAAAUAUUCUAUUUUGGGUGGUUCAUUAGUAUUUACAGUCGGUGGUAUUUUACAAGCCACUUCCACCACGUUUGCUCAAUUAUAUACAGGUAGAAUUGUUUCUGGCAUAUCAAUCGGCAUUCUAUCAAUGAUGGUACCUCUGUAUCAAUCUGAAAUCAGUCCCAAAGAUAUCCGUGGUCGCUUGGUUUCUCUUCAGCAAUUUUCAAUUACCAUAGGUAUUGCAGUUGCAUUCUGGAUCGAUUAUGCAGCAGAUAAAAUCGAUUCUUCAAGCCAAUGGAGAAUUCCGUUGUGGGUUCAAUGUAUUCCUGCUUUAUUGCUUGCACUUGGAACAUUGAUCUUGCCAUUCUCUCCUCGCUGGCUGUUAGAUCACGAUCGAGAUGAUGAAGCACUUGUGGUACUAGCAAAACUUCGUGCUAACGGUGACAAAACCGAUCCUAUUGUUACUGAUGAAUUUAACGAGAUUAAGGAGAAUGUUAUAUUUGAACGUGAAUUUGGUGCAAAGAGUUAUUUAGAACUAGUAAAAAUAGGUCCUGAAAAUAUUCGUAAGAGAGUUAUACUUGGGAUUGCUAUUCAAGCAUUUCAACAAUUAACCGGAAUGAAUGCUAUCAUGUAUUAUGCACCACGAAUAUUUGCUAGUGCUGGUAUAAUAAAUAAUUCUUCAUCACUCCUUGCCACUGGUGUAAAUGGUGUUGUAAAUAUGCUUGCCACAAUUCCAGCUAUACUCUGGAUAGAUACUUGGGGUCGUAGACCUACUCUUGUAUCCGGUGGAGCAUUCAUGGGAACUUUCAUGUUAAUCAUCGGGAUAAUACUGGCUGUACAUGGAACAAAAUAUUAUGACGAAGAGCUGGGAAAACAUUCUUUGCAUUUAGAUUCAACUGCUAGCUCUUAUUCAGUUAUAGUAUUCAUUUAUUUGUUUGUAGCGUCCUUCGCUUAUUCUUGGGGACCGUGUGGUUGGAUUUAUCCUGCGGAAAUUUUUCCUUUACGUAUUCGAGGAAAGGCAUUAUCAUUAACGACGGCAUCCAAUUGGCUUUUCAAUUUUGUUAUUGGACAAGUUUCCCCUAUACUGUUGGAUAGUAUAACAUGGGGAACAUACAUAAUAUUUGGCGUAUUCGGUCUAACGAUGGCCGUAUCAGUAUUUAUAUUCUUUCCAGAAACAAAAGGUAAAACAUUAGAAGAAAUGGAUAACAUAUUCGGUGACAAAAAAUCUGCACUACCAAUACAUAAACGAAACGUUGAAGAUCGUGAAAUAUCACCAAAUGUGAAACAGGAGCCAAGUGAGAUGAGAAAAAUUGAACAAGCUAAAGAUACUGCGACUAAGGAGAGUAUACCCUCCGUUGGCAUUACUUUCCCUGGAUAA